UGUAACGGCCUUAUACCUAUCCAUUGAGCUCUAAAACCGUUCUGGGUUAGAGCCGGUACCGGGUUGCGAACCCUGUACCUACCAACCUGUAGUUUGAUGGCUUAGCCACUGCGCCACCGAGGCCGGUAACCUAUAAUAGAUAGCGGCAGCAACUGCAACGCUAAAUGUAAAUGCAGAUAGCGUUGAUACUGCAGAUGGAUGCCAUUCAACCGCAAGACCGACCCAGUUCAAUAACUACGUUAUAAUGGCGACAUCAUUACUUCGAGCUACGCAGAUACCUGCUAGAAAGCUGCUUCCAACUCUGAGACAAAUUCCCCUACACGGGUCUAACGUGAACGGUUUUUUCUUGUGGUAGACUGUUGGUGAAUCAGGAGUAAAUGGACUUGGAAGACGAUCUAUCCACAGUACUGGUUGGAGAUGCUGUUCUACUGCCGGCAGCAGACGACUCAAUGUGGGCAUCAUGGGGGCCGGGCGCAUAGCAAUGACUGUGCAGAUCAAGAACAUCAUGAACCACCGCAGACUGAACCUGAAGUGGAUCACAGAGGACAACCCAGAACAAGUUGUGGCUGUGAAGAACUUGUUUCACCUUGACGACACUCUCUUCUACACGUCGCGCGACGUGCCCCAACUUCUGUCCGACAAAGAUUUGGAUGCCGUGUUUCUGUUUACACCAACCAAGACACACUGUGACCUUGCGUGUCAAUGUUUAAGUAAAGGUAAAGAGGUGUAUGUGGAGAAACCAGCAGGGGCCGAUAUGGAUGAGGUACGAAGAGUCUACGAACAUUCGGAAAAGUCCGGGAGACCUCUCUUUGCGGCAUUUCAGAGACGGUUUGACACUGCCUACCAGAGGGCGGUAUCGGCGGCUCACAACAAAGAUAUUGGAUACAUGCAGCUGGUGAAUCUGAUAUCGAGGGACAAUCCUAAACCAUCGUACGAAUUUCUCGGAUCUAUAGGAUGCGGAAUUCUGACCGACAUGCUGGUGCAUGAUAUUGACGUCAUGGUGUGGAUUACUAAAGCUCAAAGACCAGAGUUUAUAUACGUGGUAACCCACACACACGACCCCAAGAUGGUCGAACUUAAAGAACCCGACGUCAUAGUGGCACUCAUCAAGUAUAAGGACGGCAACAUAAUCCGCAUUGACUCCGCCCGAUAUGCCGCAUACGGCUACGAUAUGAGAGUGGAGAUAUUUGGAUCAGACGGAAUGGCCUCGGUAGAAAAUCCACGACUUUCGACUGACGUGAUAUCCGGCGUCCACGGGUCUCAGAUGACCAGGCUGAACGAAUCCUUCUGGGGGAGAUUCGGAGAGGCCUACAGCAAAGAGAUAGACCAUUUCGUCGACUGUCUUGUUGGCAAAACAAAACCACGGACUACCAAGGAAGAAUGUCUAAUGACCGCUGAGAUCAUACAAAAAGGACUGGUAUCUUUCUACGAAAAUAAACCAGUGUAUUUUAACCUCGGAAGACAAUGAAGUGAAUCAACCAAUCAUCACUUGUGUCUUGGACUACGUUUACAAUCAUUCAGGUGUUUGUAAUCAGCAGUCAGCUUUUGAAUCUCAUAUUGAGAUUUGCAUGCGUGUUAAGACUUAAGACUGUCUUCAACAUUGUGUAAUACCCCAGCAAUAUUUCUGUUAGCCAGUGUUUAAACACACUAAACAAUAUAGGCAAGCGUAUUAACUUCUUUUUUCUUUUAGUCACAAUAUUUUAGUGGGCAUAUACAAGAUGCUGUUUAAUUAAAGGAUUGUACAUAUUGUUAUCU